UCACUUUAGUGUGUGACCCACGCACUGCUCCGACUCACUUGUGGGGAGGGAGUGCUGGAUAUAGGCUUUUGUGACAGACCCCUGGGCAAGACUGAAUCCAGUUCCCGUGCGAAGAUACACCAGGACUAGAACUAUCCCCAAAAAAGUGCGCUAAAGGAUCAGUUAAAGCGAUAAAGCUUCAUCCCCAGAUUCCUCGCUUUACUGAAGCUUCAAACGAGCAUCGGCGUCUUUUCGAUUAUACUCAGAACUGCUGGAGAUAAUUAGGCGACAUAGCCGCUGAAGCUGCUGGAUCUAAAAUUAAGACGUUUGUUAAAAAAAAUAAACAGCCUGAAGACUAUACGAACGCUAGUUUGGAAUCUAAAUAUUUUUUCUGUAUUUUGACGAAUGCUCUUUAAACUUGGAAUUAGACAUUUGAAGUACGUUUUAUCGGUUAUUUAUUUUGUUAUUUUACUUUUUGCACGUCAAUCAAAAAUAUUCCAUCUGUAGGCAUCGUUAUAAUGCUAGGUUGUGCUUGUGACAGUAAUACAUUCAACUUAUUAAAAUAAAGCCUGUGGAAUUUUUGAUGGACUGUUACGACAUUAUUUGGAUGGAAACCGAGGACAGAAACUAUAUGGAUCGUCCAAGUUUCUCAAGAUAUCUCUGGUCCUACAGAUUCCACUGAAUGCUAAGGUCAUUUAACACGCAGAAAUGGCUAGUGGUGUGUUUCAGUAAAGAUUUUUUUCUACCUUGAGACGAAGUUCAACACUGGAUCAACAGAGGAAGCCGUCCGGGUACACAAGAAAAAGUGAACCAACUAACAUUCCUCUCAUUUGCUUGCUUCAUAACCCUGGUCAUGAAUAUGCUGAGUCACUUGAACGGCGUCCUGCUGCUCCUUAGCCUGACCUCAGCAGUACCAUCGGGUCCUGCUUCGGACACCUGCACAACACUAGUACAGGGUCGCUUCUUUGGCUUCUUUUCCUCGUCUGCUGUCUUCCCCACCUCUUCAUGCUCCUGGACCCUGCAGAAUCCAGACCCGCGGCGCUACACCAUAUUCAUCAAGGUCACCAAGCCCCCCAGGGGUAAAUGUGCACCCCACCAGUUUCGCACCUACCAGUUUGACUCCUUUAUGGAAAGCACACGUACCUACCUUGGCAUGGAGAGCUUUGACGAGGUGGUAAAGCUGUGUGACACCUCAGUGCCUGUUGCCUUUCUUCAGUCUGCCAAGCAGUUUCUGCAGAUGCGCAAGGUCAUGCUGCAGGAUGGCAGGGACAUUGUGGAUGCCGAAUUCAAGACAGAGUAUCUGGUAAUGGGCAACCGCAACCCCAGUAUGCCUGCCUGCCAGAUGCUGUGCCAGUGGCUGGAAGAUUGCCUGGCAUCCAGCACCCCUGGCCGGCCCUGUGGAAUCAUGCAGACUCCUUGUCAAUGCGGAGAAGCAGGCAUUCCACAGAACUCCAAUGGCUGCUUCCAAGGUGACAUGUACCUGGAAAACUGCAUCUCCAGCGUGAGGGACGUGCUUCGCGACGCCGAGAUUGUGGGUGGGUGGAGCUGGUGGAGCCACUGGGGAGAGUGUAGCAGUGACUGCGGGGGCGGGGUUCAGACAAGGAGUCGGACAUGCCAUGCAUCCCCAGACCAGCCCCACCUCUGUGAGGGUGUGGUUGAGGAGGGCCGGCCCUGUAACCCACAGCCCUGCAUUGGCAAAGUACGCUACACCUCCCGGAGCCAGUCCCUUCGUUCUAUUGAUAGCCGUCGCCGGGACGAUGCUGACAAACCUCGCUAUGGACUUCUAGCUCCUCAAUCAGUGGACUCAGCAGGGGAGGAGUGGUCCCCCUGGAGCGUGUGCUCAGCCACAUGUGGUGAGGGCUGGCAGAGCCGUACGCGCUUCUGCGUCUCGUCCUCAUAUAGCACGCAGUGCAGUGGCCCACUCCGGGAACAGCGGCCCUGCAACAACUCCGCUGUCUGUCCCGUGCACGGCACUUGGGACGAGUGGUCCCCAUGGAGCUUGUGCUCAUCCACCUGUGGCCGUGGAUACAGGGACCGAACACGCACAUGCAACCUGCCACAGUUUGGUGGGGACCCCUGCAUAGGCCCUGACAAGCAGACGAAAUUUUGCAACAUUGCUGUCUGCCCAGUGGAUGGUGUCUGGAGUGACUGGUCGGACUGGAGCUCAUGUUCUGCCUCCUGUGCCAAUGGCACCAUGCAGCGCACCCGUGAAUGUAACGGACCCUCCUAUGGGGGUUCUGAAUGCAGGGGUGAAUGGCUGGAAACGCAGUCAUGCUUCCUGAGGGACUGUCCCGUGGAUGGGAAGUGGCAGGUGUGGACCGCAUGGGGCAGCUGCGGCAAGACCUGCGGAGGUGGAAGUCAGAAGAGGCAGAGGGCCUGCUAUGGACCCUUCUAUGGAGGGGAGCCAUGCCCUGGGGACCGUGAGGAGCUACGGGAAUGUAAUGAGAAGCGCUGUCCGGAGCCUCACGAGAUCUGUGAUGAGGAGAACUUCUCUAAUGUGGUGUGGAAGAGGACCCCUGCUGGUGACACUGCAGCAAUACGCUGCCCUCCCACCGCCUCUGGGCUCAUACUGCGUCGGUGCACCUUGGACAAGGAGGGCAUCGCCUACUGGGAGAAUCCGACUUACAUCAAGUGCAUUUCCAAUGAUUACCUGCAUAUACAGAUGAUGACACGUGAGCAUCUCAUAAAAGCCCAACGUGGACUGGUUGGUGAUGGAGCUUCAGAUGUCCUUGCUAAGCUGAAGACCAUAUCCAAUGAUGGGACGAGUUACAGUGGGGACCUGCUGGCUAUUGUGGACAUCCUAAGAAACAUGACUGAGAUUUUCAGGAGGUCCUACUACAGUCCCAAGGCUGUAGAUGUGCAGAACUUUGUCCAGUCAGUCAGCAACCUGCUGAUGGAUGAGAACAGUGAUAGAUGGGUGGAGGCACAGCUGCUGGGCCCCAAUAUCAGAGAGCUAUUCCGGCUGGUUGAGGACUUCGUAGAUGUGAUUGGUUUGCGAACCAAUCUGCAAGAUUCAUAUGAGGUCACAGAAAACCUGGUGCUGAGCAUUCACCGGCGCCCUGUGGCUGGAACCUCAGACAUCAUUUUUCCCAUGACGAACUUGCAGAGAUUGGUAGACUGGGCUAGACCAGAUAACAAGGUCACCAUCUCCCGAAACAUCCUGCCAGUAGGUCAGCAAGAUGCAGACGACUCAUCAUCCUUUGUUACUGGAAUCGUUCUCUACAGGAACUUGGGUAGCAUCCUGUCCCUGCAGAGAAAUAAUUCGGUGCUUAACUCAAAGGUUAUCUCAGUGACCAUCAAGCCCACGCCUAGCUCUCUGUCAGCCCCUGUUGAGAUUGAAUUCUUCCACCUCUACAACAAUACCACAAACCAGACCUGCAUUUCCUGGGAUGAGAGUGACAUAUUUUCAUUGCUUGGAUCCUGGUCUGCACGAGGCUGUAAAGCAGUGCCCGUCGAUUCGUUCAGAACAAAAUGUAUAUGUGACAGGCUCUCCACCUUCGCCAUUUUAGCACGUCCCGACAUGAACAUGGACAAGACGCUAGUGCCCUCUGUGACGCUCAUUGUGGGCUGUGGGGUUUCCUCUCUGACGUUGCUGCUUCUAAUCAUCAUUUAUGUUUCCGUCUGGAGGUACAUCCGUUCUGAGCGCUCCGUCAUCCUGAUCAACUUCUGCCUCUCCAUCAUCUCCUCCAAUGCCCUCAUUCUGAUUGGGCAGACCCAAACACGGAACAAGGUGGUCUGCACACUGGUUGCUGCCUUUCUUCACUUCUUCUUCCUGUCCUCCUUCUGCUGGGUGCUCACAGAGGCAUGGCAGUCCUACAUGGCCGUUAUGGGACGUCUUCGAAACAGAAUAAUCCGGAAGCGUUUCCUGUGCUUGGGCUGGGGUUUGCCUGCUUUGGUAGUUGCUGUGUCUGUGGGCUUCACUAAGGCCAAGGGAUAUGGCACACUCAACUACUGCUGGCUUUCUCUGGAAGGAGGGCUCCUCUAUGCGUUUGUGGGACCAGCAGCUGCUGUAGUCCUGGUUAACAUGGUUAUUGGGAUUCUGGUUUUUAACAAACUUGUGUCCAAAGAUGGCAUCACUGAUAUGAAACUGAAGGAGCGGGCAGGUCAGGUGACAGUCCCUCUGUACAGUAUGACGCUCAAAUGUGCCAAGUGCGGAGUAAUCUCGUCGGCUGAUGUGUCCACCACAGCUACCAGUAACGCCAUGGCAUCGCUGUGGAGCUCGUGUGUGGUCUUGCCCUUGCUUGCCCUCACCUGGAUGUCAGCUGUGCUGGCCAUCACCGACCGCCGCUCUGCCCUUUUUCAGAUUCUCUUUGCAGUCUUCGACUCCCUGGAGGGUUUCGUCAUUGUCAUGGUCCACUGUAUCCUUCGUAGAGAGGUUCAGGAGGCGGUUAAAUGCAGAGUAGUAGACCGUCAGGAGGAUGGAAAUGGUGAUUCUGGGGGCUCCUUCCAGAAUGGCCAUGCACAGCUCAUGACUGACUUUGAGAAAGAUGUUGACAUGGCCUGCAGAUCAGGUACUCUGAAGCGGCCUUCUCUACAGGGUGAUGAGAAAACAGUACCCCAACAGCUCACACUUCAGAAGGGUUCGAACUUCAAUACUCUGCCCGCCAGCAUGGCUAAGGUGCAUCUACAGAAUGUGGCUGACUACGCCAGUCACACACUCACUCUGAAGAGAGACAAAGGCACUGGUGCCCGGGAGUUGCCUGGCGCUAAGUCCAUCUACAUCUGUGAUGGGGAGCUCUUCAAGCAGAUGGAUGCAGACCUGACUCGUGGGCCUGCUGAAGCUCCCGCAGCCCCCGAAAACAGCAGCUAUGUGCUGCUGCCCAAUAACACAUCCACAUUGCGGGUCAAGCCCAAAGAGGACCCUGGAAAAUAUAACAUCAAUAUCGAGCAACUGCCCCAGACCCGACUCAUCCACCUGAGCAACCCUGCUGCAGAGCCGGCACCGGGCUUCAGCCUCAAGGCCCUGCCUGCUGACCAUGUCAGUGUAUCCUGCUCUGAGAAGGAGGCACCUGCACAAAAUGCACAGAACAUCUCCAGUGAGUCACAGAUGACUAACAGCCUUGGUGAGGCUGGUGACUCAGGGAACUCCGGUAUGAUGUCCAAGAGUGAGACUGUGUCAACACUCUCCAUGAGCUCCUUGGAGAGACGGAAAUCACGCUACGCUGAACUAGACUUUGAGAAGAUCAUGCACACACGGAAACGACAUCAAGACAUGUUUCAGGACCUAAAUCGGAAGCUGCAACAUGCUGAGAAAGACCGAGAAUCCCCACCCAUUGAUGGAAAGCCUGGUAAGCGAUGGAGUGUUUCCUCUGGCGGCAGUGACAAAACCAAUCUCAGUGACAAACAGCAGACCCCCAGCAAACGGGCCUGGGAGGGAAUUCGCAAGACACACUCUCCCCCCUCUUGGGUGCGCAAGGACCUGGAGCCUGUGCAGGCCUCUCCAUUAGAGCUGAAGAGUGUGGAGUGGGAAAAGGCCAGUGCCACCAUACCUCUGGUGGGCCAGGAGAUCAUCGAUCUGCAGACAGAAGUCUGACCAGAGCUUGACAACAUCCAGUAGAGUCCCAUCUUCUCUUCAUUUCAUUUGAGGUUGAAACUAACAGACUUACAGGGGAGAGAGGACCAAAAGAAAGAUAAUUACAGGAUGCAGAGGACCCUCAACUCCAUUUUUAGAAAGAGGGGAAAUUACUUAUCCUUUCUUUAUUUAUUUAUAUAUAUUUUUUUUUUACUUUGAUACCAGAAUCGCCUUUUCCUUAUACUGACAAAAGGACAGAACAUCGAAAAGUGACUUUUUUUUCUAUGAAAAAGCUAUGGAAAGGAGUAUGAACUGACGCCAAGAAAGAAACAUACAGGUUCCAUGUGUUUCUGUAGAGAAAGACUUCAGCAUUCUGUCACGAGUAGGAUUCCCUUGCAACAUCUCUUUCAUUGGUUGGUUGUGGUCAGGCAGGUGAGACACAGAGGGACCCCCCACCUCCAUCCCCCCGUAUGGGGGGAAAACUAAACUCUGGUCUGCUUCCAUUAUUCUUCUUUUUCAUUCUUCUUGAUUCACAUACUGUUAUUUUUUCUGCUUAAUGUAAUGAGUCAGCUGAAGACUAUAAAGAAUAUAGGGUAUAAUAAGCAGUCUGCAGUCAAUUACAGUGGAUUUCAUCAGUCAUUAUUACGAUGAAAAAAAUCAAUGCCCCUAAUUGUUACUGUUUCACUGUUUUGUAUCAUAUUAUCUUUAAAAUUAUUAUAACAAGACAAAUUUGCACCCUCUCCUCAUCUUUACUGAUACACCAGUUCCACCUUUUGGUCUCUUAGAAAUAUGUGAACUAGUAAUACUAAAAUUCUAACAAUCAAGCAAUUUAAGCUCAAAACUAUCAUUCAGGCCAGACAGUGGACAAGAGCAGGUGGACUGGGAAAAUGUGCCGCUCCUGCCAACUCACCCCAGCGAGCAUGUUAGCUGUCCAUGCAAAGAGCCUGAUGCACUGUCCUGUGGAAUGAGAGGAAAAAUGGACCACUGCCUCAGCAAGACUGCUACGCAGCAGCAGUUGCUGCACCGGCCACCCUCUGCAGGGCCCCCUACAGUGGGUGCAGUGAUGGUGGCCCUCACAGCGGCGCAGUGCUGGCAGGCAUUUGCAGCUGCCUCACAUGUACACAGAUGUGGAGUGCCCUGUGAGAGGGUUGGAUCACAGGAAAAAGAUUUAAAGGACUAAAUGUUUGAAAAAGUAUAUAUAAAUACUUAUUUGUUAAAAUGAACAUUUAUAAAUAUAUACAUUUGAAACUGCAGAAACUGUGACAGUAAUUCAAUUUUUUUUGGUUGCACUCAGAGAAAGCACAAAGCUCUUUAUAGAGAGAGUCCUGCUGUACAGUACUGUAAUUAUUUAAACAGAAUAACAAAGAAUGAAUUUUAGCCUAUACAUAUCUUUCUACUGUGCUUUAGGAUUUUCAUGUUUCUUUUGUUCUUGUUUUGCCCACCCCCCACUUUGUUGGGUUACUGGACUAUAAUAGUGUUCUGUAACUAAUGUAAUGGUGUGUGUUUUAAUAUCAUUGUCUGUACCUUAGCCACUUUCCCCCCAACCCAGCCUCAGGCCCCAGUCUUCUCUGAAAUAGACUUUUGUUUUGUCUCCUUUAUUUUGUUGGUUUCAACUCUUUGUUAAUGUACAGUUUCAGAGCACAACAUGAAUGUGUCUCAUUUCUAAUAAAAGAUAUAUCUAUA